AUGCACCCUUAUAAUCUCUUCGUUGACAUAGUCACUCACCGGCCCGUAGAAUUGCAUGAAGGCGGAGGCCAAGUCAGAGACAUUUUGGGGAUCCUUGACUUCUUUGAGCUUUUUGAUGUUCACGCCUUUUUCGCCCUGCAGCCUCGCCAUCAGCCCCUUGAAGCCAAUGUGCUUGUCGUUUUCGAUUUCCUCCGGCAGUGUGUCCAGCUGUCCACUCACCCUGCUGGUGAAGCUCCGCAACGCCUCCUUGACGGUGGAGAAAUAAUGCUCACGCGCGUGCCUUGUGAGCUCGGCGAUGCAGGGGUCAAGUUGCUCCUCGACGUACGCUGUGAGAUUUUUAAUCGUCUCCUCACGCCACCUGUCUGCUUCAUCGAGGAGAUUCGUGGCGUCAUUUAUUGCUUGAUGCACCGGGCCGACGAGCAGCAUGUCGAGAUCAUUAUGGAUGCUCUUCAAGUUUAUGUUAAUUUCAUCGUUGCUGAUUUUCUCUAG